UUUCAUGCAAAAGACCAUUAUUCAUCAUUCAUAUAUAUUAGGCCUAAUUGUUGUAGUUCUUUCACAAUCCAUAACUUUCUAUGAUACACUAAGAAGUGUUAUUUUUAAUGUCAAAUGAUGUUUAAUUACUAUACAAAGUUUAAACUUUUCUUUUUUUUCUAUUUUGCUUUGAUCAUUUCCCUUAUAAUCCUCUAUGAUUCUCUCAUAGCUAACAUUUCAUCCAAAUCAAUUGUCUUUCAAAUCAAUGUCAAUUCCUUGCAACCAUUGAAACCACCUUUAGCUAAUCGACCGUUGUUUUCGACUAAGGAAGAGCCUAGUAAUGAAGUUUAUUUGAAGGAAGAAGAAGAUCAUGCACAUUUGGUACCUCCUUAUAAUCUAUCACAAGAAGAAAGAAUUUCUUGGUUUAAGAAAAACUUGGCAUAUUUUGAGAUAUUAAAGUCAACAAAUAUCUCAAGAAAAUUCAAUGAUAGAGUGAAUGAAUAUUUUACAAGUCAUUAUUGUAGUGUUCAAUUCUUUAUGACAUGGAUUUCCCCUACAAAAUCUUUUGGUAAAAGAGAAUUUUUUACUCUAGAGAGUUUAUUUAAAGCACAUCCUAAAGGGUGUUUGAUAAUUUUGUCACAUACUUUAGACUCACCAAGUGGAACUAUGAUAUUUAAACCUAUAGUUGAGUUGGGCUAUAAUAUUCUUGUUGUCACUCCUGAUUUGUAUUUUUUGUUUGAAAAUACACCAUCUAAGUCAUGGUUUAUUGAUCUCAAGAAUGGGAAAAAGGACCCUGGUAAAAUUCCUUUAGCACAAAAUUUGUCUAAUUUGAUUAGACUAGCCAUUUUGUACAAGUAUGGUGGUGUUUAUCUAGACACUGAUUUCAUAAUCUUGAAGGAUAUUUCAAGAUUGAGGAACUCAAUUGGUGCACAAAGUGUGGAUAGAAAUGGGAAUUGGACAAGAUUGAAUAAUGCACUAUUGAUUUUUGAUAAAAGUCAUCCACUUGUUUACAAAUUCAUGGAGGAAUUUGCUUUGAAUUUUGAUGGAAAUAGAUGGGGAUAUAAUGGACCAUAUUUGGUUUCAAGAGUUGUAGAAAAGGUAAAAGAUUACAACUUAAGUGUGUUGCCACCAAGAGCUUUUUAUCCAAUGAAUUGGAAUAGAAUUAAAGGAUUUUUUAAUGCUAAAAAUGAUUCAAGAUGGAUAGAGGCUAAAGUGCUUGAGCUAAAUGAGAAGACUUAUGGUAUUCACUUGUGGAAUAGACAAAGUAAAAGUAUGAAAAUUGAACAAGGAAGCAUCAUACAUAGAUUGAUAUCUACUCAUUGUGUGGUAUGUAGUGACAUUUAAUUAAGUUGUUAAUCACUUAUGAAUUUUGAUUUCCUAGAUAAGUUAAUAUAGAGGGAAUGAAUGUACCUAAUUUAAGUACUUUUUAAUACUUUUAAAACAAGUUCUUGAUUUUGGUUGAACAAGGUCAAACUACAACAAGUCUAGAUGUUUUUCUCAUUCAUUUUCUUUGUUUUCUUCAUUCUUGUCAUCAUUUCGU